UGGUAUGCAGAUCGAUUUGAUUGGCAGAAGUAAAAUCUGGAACAAAUGCUAAUUUCACAGAAAGAAAAAUCUGGCAACGGGUUAGAAAAAAAACCAAAAAAAAACCCAAACGUUUGGAAUACCAGAACAUUCUUUUGAUUUUAUGUUUAAGUAGAAAAGAGAAAGAAACAACAUAAAAUAUUUGGUAUGCUGCUGAAUUUGUCGUUGAUUUACAAAGAAACAUCAAAAUUUAGGAAAAACUAAAAAAUCCAAAUAUGGAACAAAAUUUCAAGAGUUAGAAAAAACAGAAGCAGAUCUUUCUGAAGGAGAAAGAUUAAUUUACUAUAACAGAUACCAGUUAAUCUUUGUUAAGGAAUUGAAGACUUGCAUUAAAAACACACACACACACACACACACACACACACACACACACACACACCAGCCAUGCGCAAAGCACAAGUUAAAAUGUCCAUUAAGAAGCCUGGGGAAGAGGCAGCAUACGAUAGGAUAGGUGCGGCACCCCCUAGUCCUAAAAUUCCAUCAAAACGUGCCAAAGUGCUUGUGGAUCCGGCAUUGCAAGAGCUGUGGGGCUCCGGAGAGUAUCCUUACAAAACUGCACCACUGUUUAUCAGAAAAAUGAAGAAUGCUGCUGUGGGAACUGGGUGCGAUAUCCGACUGAAGGUAGCCGUAUCAGGAGAGCCACAGCCGGCCCUCCACUGGUACCACAAUAAAAGACAACUGGCCAUGGAUAACCAGGAAUACGGAGGGCUGUGGAUCAGGGACUGCAAGCUCAGUGACGCCGGGCUCUACACCUGCAUAGCGACCAAUCCAUUAGGAGAGGCCCGGACCAGCGGUGUACUAGCAGUAAUGGACCUGGGGGAUGAAAACAGGACACUCCACUCGAACCUUUGGAAGGUUUACCCAUGCGAAGUUUUCCGCUCCUGCAGGAAGCACAGUUAUGACUCAGAGACCACAGAAGACGAGACAGCUGAGCAUCAGAUACGCAUGGCAACAAAAGAAGGACCCCGUGCUCCUCAGGACCAGGCUGUUCACAGAGAGCCUACAGGCAAUUCGGACUGGAUAAAGGAUGCCACCCCUGAAACAACGGCCACUUCAGGUUGGACUGGGUCGAGGGCGGGUAGCUGGGCAGGAAGCCAGAACACUGUGGUGGAGAAGGAUCUGUCUGGCAUGGGUUCGGGAGUCACUGUUUCCACGCAGAAGGAUGCUUUCUCCAAGCCUUCCAGGAGCCUUUGUGGAGACGUUUUGAGGGAAGACUAUGGCUGCCAAGCCACUGAGCUGGAGCAGAAAUGGGACCUUGGGUCCCUAAGAUACCCCUCUUCCCAAUCCCAAGUUCUUCCACUUCCCUCUCCCAAAAUUGGCAAAUUAUCUAGCUCCAAUCCCAUACCCAGCCGCUCUGGGUCAGCCCCAGCCACCCCCUUGACCCCCCGCAAGAAAAUCGUGACCCCUGUUGAGUACCUGGAUAUAGUGCCUUCAGAAUUUGAGGACAAGAUCAAGCAGCCUAAAUCCUCCGCACUGUCCCAAACCGGCACCCAGGAUUCCCGUCCACAGACACCACUGAGCGAAUACUCCCGGAAGGACUUAACACUCCGGCCCUCCCCCAAGCUGGCCCGGGCGAGCUCUAAGAUCUUUGAGAAGGUGCGCUACUUUGAGGAAAGGCGGCGCAGUAUUGACCAGCAUGAGGGUUCCAUCUCGGGAUGCUCUUGGGCCGGGUUCCACCGGACGCGCUCCUUUGAUCAGUCAGACGAUGAGAAGAGCAGGACGGAAAUCUCCCGAGAGAGCUCCAGGGAAGAUCUGAGGGAGGCACUCAGGGCUGAAGCAGCUCAGCGGAGGUCAAUAUUUAAGAAGAAGGCUUCUUCUUUUGAUGAAAAACCUUGCUACAGUCACAAGAUCCAAGACAUUGAGAACAAGUUCACCGAAGAGCUCCAGCGCAUCAAGAAAGUGGUAGGCAAGCCCAAUUUAAGCAAAUCCUUCUCCACAGAGCAGAUCUCACAUAGGAGCGGGAGAUCACCUAUAAAAAAGUUGGAGCCAAUUCCACCUGAGGUUCUUCAGAAGCUGCAAGACAGAGAGAGGAUCCAGCAGCAGCAGCAACAGCAACUACAGAAACAGGAACAACUACAACAACAACAGCUUCAACAGCAGCAGCAACAGCUGAGCUCUAUGAAACCUUUAGUGAGGGGCCUAGCAACAGUCAACCAAUCGCAAGAAGGGGAUAUGUUCGAAAAAAAGUCACAUUCUGAUUUAACCAAUCGUCCCUCUGUGACUAGAGAGCCAAGUGGAAUCACUCCCCGCAAAGAGUUACCCAAGGGAUUGGUCCCAGUGAAAGCAGUGCAGAAGAAGAGGGAAGAGCGAACAGUACCACAGCACCUUCGAGUGGAAGUAGAGGAGACCAAGACAACACAGCUUCCAGUACAGCGGAUUGUGCAAAAACCUUCUAGUCCAUUGGUUCAGAAAGAAGCCGUACGGCUCCCGCAGGUGCCCACACAAGCUCCUGCAAUGGUUUCCAAACCUACACAAGCCCCCAAAGAAGCUGCCCAGAUUCAAGAACUACCAACACAAGCUCCUCCAAUGGUUUCCAGGUUAACACAAUUCCCCUCCCCCGGCCCCUUGCCAGAGAAAAUGAAGGAGAAGAUGGAAGUUGAGGAGAGCCUUUCACAGCCAGCUCCAAGGCCAGCCAUGCUACCCCGGAUUGUGGUAGAGGCGGAGGCAGGUGGUGGAAGCGUUGGUCUGGAGGCUGACACGAAGAAGAAAUCCAGUGUGGCGAAGGAAGGAAAGACCCAGAAGAGAAGAGGGAAGGGUUGUAAAACUCGUCCAAUAUCUCCAGAUAUGGAGUUAGAGUCCUCGGAUGAUUCGUACAUGUCAGCAGGAGAAGAUCCAUUGGAGUCCCCUGUGUUUGAGGUUCCUCUACAGGACAUAGUUGCACAGGCUGGCACAGAGGCGCUGCUCAAAUGUGUCAUCACUGGCAAUCCACUCCCAGAAGCAACUUGGAAACAUGGCAACAUCCCUGUAAGGAGCAGUCCUACCCAUCUGGUUAAAGUGGAAGGAGAGAGGCACACCCUGCUGAUAAAGUGGGUGAAAGCUGGCGAUGCCGGACAGUACUGUGUUAGCGCUGUCAACGAAGUGGGCAAGGCUUCCUGUAGCGCCACUUUGACAGUUAAAUCAGAUCCUUCCCAGGAGCAGCGGACCACCCUGAGUGUCCCCCUGGACUUCAGUAGCCCCAUCACUUCUGACGAGGAGUACCUCAGCCCGCUGGAGGAAGCUGAGUUUAGAGUUCCAUCGUUCCGGGAGCCCGACACCAUGAGGAUUCCAGACGCCUCAGAACCUAAGAGUAUCAUUGAAACACGCUUCAAAGAGCCACCCUCUUUUGAGGUAUCCCUGAGUGAUCAAGCAGUGAUAGAAGGUCAGGAUGUCAGCCUGUCAGUUCGAAUUCAAGGAGAACCCAAACCCAUGAUUUACUGGCUUAAGAACAGACAGACAAUAAAGACUGACAGUCGUCACUGUGUGACUGAAUCAGAGGGCGGCUCCUUUGAGCUGAAAAUCACUGCAGCCGAAAAGUCGGAUGCUGGAGUUUAUACCUGCAAAGCAAUUAACGAACAUGGAAUGAAGCAAUGUGAGGGAAAAUUGGAGCUCAAAGCCCCUCCCAUGGAGCCAAGCCUGGUGAUAUUGAGGCAGAUGCGAGAUGUGACGGUGAAGGCAGGUGAGAUGGCGGUCUUUGAGUGCUUUAUCUCUGGGCCCCUGGAUGUCGACGUAGACUGGCUUUCCAAUGACAAACUGGUUCAGCCAGCCCUGCUCAACUGCAAGAUGCAUUUCGACGGCAGGAGAUGCAAACUGCUUCUGAACUCGGUGCAUGAAGAUGACAGCGGCACGUACACCUGCAAACUGAGCACUGCCAAAGAGGAGUUGACCUCCAGCGCCAAUCUCAAAGUCAUUCCCUCAAUCGAGCCUCUCUUCACCAGGAAGUUGGAUGUCCUGGAGGUGAUCGAGGGUCGCACAGCUCGAUUCGGCUGCAAAGUCAGCGGGACACCUCCUCCACAGGUCACCUGGAGUCACUUCGAUCAAGUGGUUGAAGAAAGUGAGAAUAUCCAUAUCCUGAAGGACAAGGGGCUCCACUAUUUAAUUAUCUCCCAUGUCAGCAAUGAGAAUGAAGGCUUCUACACCGUUAUAGCCAAGAACAGCCAUGGAGAGACUGAGUGCUCAGCUGAGCUAUAUGUGCAGGAGCCUCGCCCAGCUAUCUCCUUACAAAUUGCAAAGCUGGAGAAGAUGCCUUCGAUCCCUGAGGAGCCGGAGGUUCCCGAGAGCGAGGUGGAGCGGUUCACCAUGCCGGACUUUGUUAAACCACUCCACGACAUGGACGUGGUUGAGGGCAAGGAGGCUGUUCUCAAGUGCAAGGUGGCGGGCCUGCCCUACCCCACCAUCACCUGGUUCCACAACGGCCAGAAGAUUGACAGCGCUGAUGACAGGAAGAUGACUCAGUAUAGAGACAUUCAUAGCUUGGUUAUCCGCUCAGUCACACAUGCUCACAGAGGCGUCUAUAAAAGUGUCAUUUCAAACAAGGUCGGGAAGGCCACAUGCUAUGCUCAUUUGUACGUGACAGAUGUCCUGCCAGACCCCCCAGAUGGGCCACCUGUAGUGGAAGCAAUAACAGGCAAAACUGUCACCCUGCGGUGGAAGAAACCAAAGAAACUGGAUGCCAGCAUAGAUGCCAGCUCACUGACGUACACCAUCCAACAGCAAGCGGUAGGGACGAACCAGUGGAGCACAAUAGUCUCCAACUUGAAGAAAACUUCAUACACAGUUCACAGUCUCUCCAAGGGGGUUCUUUAUGCCUUCAGGGUGCUGUCAUCUACCCCCAAGGCCCACAGCAAACCUUCUCCAGCUACAGAACUAGUACAGCUGGUCGAUAGAGGCCCCUACCUGGAGGAGGCACCAGUUAUCCUAGACAAACCGGACGUGGUUUAUCUAAUAGAGAACCAGCCAGUCUGCAUUACCAUCAGCCUGAAUCAUGUGCUCGCAGGGAUUACAUGGAGGAGGAAUGACAGUAUCUUGGUAAACACGCCAGGUCUGUUUGAGAUGAGCAUGCCUGAUGAUGACCAGCACUCAUUGAGGAUAAUGCGGAUUAGGAGCAGUGAUGUGGGAGAGCUCACCUGCACUGCCAGUAACCACUACGGCAGCGAUAGCUGUGCAUUUUCACUUGAAAUUGCAGCGGCCCCUACUUUUGAAUCCAUCAUGGAGGAUAUAGAUGUGAACACAGGAGAGACGUCUCGUUUUGCUGUGGUGGUUAAUGGGAAACCCGUUCCAGACAUCAUGUGGUACAAGAAUGACAUCCUCCUGUCUGAGAGCAGCCACUUCACCUUUGUGUAUGAUGACAAUGAAUGCUCCCUGGUGAUUCUCAGCCCUCUGGAGGAAGACUCGGGAGUGUACACCUGCACUGCCAAGAACCUGGUGGGGUCUGUGUCCUGCAAGGCAGAGCUCACUGUACACCAGAUUAAAAUGGAAAAAGAGGAGCCGAUGGAAGAUGAAGAGACUAUGCUUCGAAAGAUGCGCAGACUGACUGAUUACUAUGAUGUGCACAAGGAGAUUGGAAGGGGUGCCUUCUCAUACGUGAAGCGUGUGACUGAGAAAAGCGGGAAGAUAGAGUAUGCAGCGAAGUUCAUCUCGCGGCGAGCGAAGAGCAAGGCCUCAGCCCUCAGGGAGCUGAACAUCGUGUCCCAGCUGGACCACGAGAGGAUCUUGUAUUUCCACGAUGCCUUCGAGAAGAAGAAUGGAGUGAUCAUCAUCACUGAGCUCUGUCAGGAGGAACUUCUGGAGAGAGCCACCAAGAAAUCUUCAGUAUUGGAGUCUGAGAUCCGAUCAUACAUGAGACAGCUCUUUGAGGGAAUCAGCUAUCUACACCUGAAUAAUAUUAUUCACCUGGAUAUUAAGCCUGAAAACAUCCUGAUGGCAGACUCCAGCAAUGAGCAGAUCCGACUGUGUGAUUUUGGGAAUUCAGCUGAGCUUACUCCUGAUGAGGCACAGUACUGCAAAUACGGAACUCCGGAAUUCAUUGCCCCGGAGAUUGUAAACCAAACCCCAAUCUCCAAGGCUACUGACAUCUGGCCUGUUGGAGUUAUAACAUACCUAUGCCUCACUGGGGUUUCUCCGUUUGUGGGGGAAAAUGACAGGACCACUGUGUUGAAUAUCAGGAACUACAAUGUGGCGUUCGAGGAGAAGAUGUUUGCUGAUCUCAGCCGUGAAGCCAGGGGAUUUGUCAUUAAGGUCCUGGUUGCUGACAGACUGAGACCAGAUGCGAAUGAAUGUCUUCGUCACCCUUGGUUUAAGACUUUGGCAAAGGGCAAGAAUAUCAGCACAGAACCCCUGAAACUGUUCCUGUCUCGCAGAAAGUGGCAGCGCUCGCUUAUUAACUACAAAUCCAAGAUGGUGAUGAGGUCCAUUCCUGAGCUCUUGGAUGAUUCUUCCAUCCACCUCUCCAUCGCUGUCCCCAGGCACCUUAAGGAAGGUUCCCCUCCGCCCUCGUCGUCUUCAGACUCUGAAGACAUUGAUGAGCUUCCAUUUAUCCCCAUGCCUCUGACCAUGGAGUUUUCGGGCUCCAGAAUGUCUCUCAAUGAGAUUCCAACUGAUGAUGAGAUGAUGGGAAGGCCCAAUGGAACUCUGGAAGGGGUGGGGCUUGAAGCAGAGGGGGCAGUACCUAUGGAAUGUGAACCAACCCCCUCUGGGAAAGAGAGUGGCGAAUUGACAGGGAGAGGCAGGUCCAGAAAGAGGUCAACACAAGAAGAUGACAACCUAUCUUCAGAUGAAGAAAGCACUGAGGCACGAAAGAGGCCAGAGAAGCCAAAGAGAGCCCUCCACAAGGGUUCAAGUGUGGAGUCAGAUAAAGCAGGUGGAGGCUCGAAGAGAGGGGAAUUUAGGAGAGGGAGCUCUGCUGACAGUGCCCUGCUACUCCAUAUUACCCAAGAAGAGGGGGCUGCAGAGGGUCAAAUGGAGGAGCCAAAGAAUGGCCUAAAAAAAGCUGUCUCGAUGGAGCUCCCUAGGAGGAGUCCAAGCCCAGGAGCUCUAGAUGAACGUCGUAAAUUGAGCCAGGAAGAUUAUGCCCUGAAACUACAACUGAUGAGACAGAGACUACUGAGGGGAGGAUCUGUGGACAGCAAAAUGAGUGGCCUACGAGGACCACUACUGGAGACCCUUGGCAUUGCAGGGGAGGAUCCCAAAAAACGCACUGCUUCUCUGGAGCGCUAUACCCGCCCACCCCGAUUAGGCCCAAACCCUCCUCUUGCUAGGGCAGCUUCUAGUGACACCCCCAAAGAAGAGUGUUCAAACACCAAGGUACUAAUCAAGUGUGCCUCCUUUAGCCAGGGAGACAGUGAACCUAUCCCUCUCCACCGGCGCUCUGGUGCUCCCUUAGAGAUCCCAUUGGCUCAAAUAGAGGGACGCAGGCUACAGGAGUGCAAAUCGAUGUCAGCACUCACUGAACAGACAAAGCUGGAGUCUCGGCCAGCCACCCCCAGGGAAAUCUCUUCAAAACCUCCUACCCCAGAUUUUGAAAAACAGGAGGUACAGAGGGGAACAGAGAAGGUAAGCAAUUUGAAGAAAGCAGAUGGGUCCUUUGAAGAUAAAGCAAACGCAACAGAGAAUAUAAGCAAGCCUGAGGAGGUGAAAGUAGUAUUGGAAAAACCAGUGAGUGUGUCAGCAGAGGAGAAGGUUGGCAAGGCUGAGAAAGUGGCAGGUUACACAGAUGAGGCAAAAGGUAUGUCAGAGAAAGUCACUGUGGUUACAGAACCUGAAAAGGUGCCUGAAAGGAAACCUGUACUUAAAUUGGAAGCCACCAACAUAGUGGAAGAGAAAAAAGAACAAGAAGCUGUUGUUUCAGUUAAAGCAGAGCCAAAAAAAGUGAAAUCGCUGACAGUAAAGAAACCACCAGAGAUAAUAAUCAUAAACUCUGACACGGUGACACCUUUAUCCGUGCCAGCAAAAGCUCCACAAUAUGACGUCUCUGCACGAGCAUCACCCUCACCAACCACUCAUGUUUCAUUUUCACUGCCUGGCCCCCGGUCCUCUGCCUAUUCUGAAACCAUGCAAACCAUUUUAGCUCCAACUCAAGAGGCCCACAAUGCCAAGCCUGAGUCCAGAGCAAUUGCUCACCCUGCUGUUUUUGCCCGAGUAGCAUCUACUGACAAAGAACCCAGUCCACCUAAAAGUUUACGACAGCCAACCCCAGAUAAAAAAACACCCCCUAUCAUCGAGGACAUCGCAUCUGAAGAAGUCUUUGAGGCGAAGUUCAAAAAGCGGGAGUCCUCCCUUACUCGUGGGCUCAAGCUCCUCACCAGGUCCAAGUCUGAAGAGAAGUCUCUUGUUCUUCCUCCCACAUCAGGGGAGGAAAUCUAUCGCCCAGGACCCGUAGGUGCUCCAUUGGAAAUGUUCAAGCCUGAGGAACCCAAGAAGAUGGAAGAGAGGGCCAGAUCGGUGCAGGACCUAAGGGAAGCAGGGAAGGAUACUAGCUUCAUGAGGAGGCUCUCUCUCCGUUUGAAGAGGACCCCCUCAGCAGAAAGGAAGGAAGUGAAUCCUCAAGAAGAAAGUCCAGCUCCGAGGAGAAGGCUUUCAUGGACGCUAGGUCGUAGCAGCACCAAGGAGAAGGAAAAGGAGGUGGAGAUGGUGAGGAUGGAACCUGGGGCUCUGAAACAAGAGCCAGAGAUCAGAGAAGCCAAGAAGCCAAAUGAGUCUCCUGUUCUGGCAAUGCGCAAGAAGAUUGAGUCCACGGUGGCUGGGAUUUCCAUGAGGAUCCGCAGUCACUCUGAGGAGAGGAAGGCAGAGGCUAAGGAGGCAAAGUUGGAGAAGAGGACACCCUUGAUUUCUUUGCUCCAUAGGUCCAGCUCUGAGGGAACCAAUCUCAAAAGGAUGGGGGUCCCACAAAACCAGCUUGCUAGCCAAAUUUCUUCUGCCCCCUCCUCAGAGUCCCUGCAGUCGGAAUCCAGUGUCCAGUCUGAGACGGCCAUCAAAACCUCGUCCGAGAGUGAGCGCAGAUCCAGGUGGGACCGAUGGGGUCUAUCCAGAGGCAAGAGGGAUAAGGGUGUGUCCCAACCCAACAUCCCUUCUGCCAUAACCAAAGAGAACGGCAUCUUGGAAAGAAGGCAGUAUUCUCGCCUUACAUCAGACUUCCCUCCUGUGUUCCACAUCAAGCUGCAUGACCAUGUGUUGCUGGAGGGAGAUCCUGUCACACUGUGCUGUCUACCGGCUGGCAGCCCUAACCCUAACAUCGUAUGGAUGAAAGACAAGAAGCAGGUGGAGAUUGACUCGAGGAUAAACAUUGUCUCGUGUGCCGAUGGACGGCAGCUCCUCAUGAUCCUGAAGGCAUACAAAAAGGACGCUGGGCUAUAUGAGUGCGUGGCUACCAAUCCACUGGCAUCUGCCACCAGCUCUUGCACUCUCUCCCUGGCUAAAGUCCCAGGUCGCCCAGGAACACCUGAGAUACCCCAGAGGUACAAGAACACAGCCCUGGUGUUGUGGAAGCCAUCCGAUACCCAGGCACCAUGUACCUAUUCGCUGGAGAGGAAAACAGAGGGCGACCCCAACUGGCUCAUAGUGGCUACAGGAGUGACAGACUGUUACUACAAUGUCACAGAUUUACCGAUGGACGGCACCUAUAAGUUCCGAGUGGCAUGCGUCAACAAGGCAGGACAGGGAUCCUACAGCAACUCUUCAGAGAGUGUGACCCUCGAAUCGCCAGAAACCUCCAAAGCUCUUCCUCCUGCUGCUCCUAAAGCCAUCCUCUCCACCUCUCCUCCAGUUGUGACUACAUCUGUAACAAUACCACCAUUUCAAGCCCCUUCUUCCAAAACACUCACAAAUUCCACAUCGCUAUCCAAACCAGCAGUUGUCCAAAUCACCCCCUCUACCACCCCAACACCCAUCCCUACCAAGACCACCCUCACCACCACUGCCACUACAUCAUCUUAUGUCGCACGUCCCUCUCGGUCAUCCACAGAAAAUGAAACCCUACCCACAACCCAAGCUCCCCGACCUGCUAUCUUUCCCAAACCACCCACGCCAGUCAACCUGGUCACUUCCAUCUCUCCAUUCCCUCCCAUCUCCCCAUCUCCAUUGGUCCCCUCUACCCUUGUCACUGGCAAACCAAUCUCUUCCGUGCCCAUGUAUGCGCCAAAGACCCAGACUCGAGUAACCCCUUCACCGUUGUCGUUUCUCACCCCAUCUGUGGAGCUGGUGACAAGCCUGAGCCCGGUGGGAGAGGGGGUCUCCUCUCCGACACGUUUGACCCCCACAGGAAGAGUGACGCCAUCUACCAAAUUGCUGGAGAGUGGCACUACCGCAUUACGCCAAGGCGUGCCACAAAAACCCUACACCUUUAUGGAUGAGAGAGCCAGGGGGAGGUUCGGCGUGAUCAGAGAGUGCAAAGAGAACGCCACUGGCAAGCAGUUUGUGGCUAAAAUCAUCCCCUACGAGCCAGAGAGCAAGCAGGCCGUGCUACAGGAGUACGAGAUCCUCAAGUCCCUCCACCACGACAAGGUCAUGGCUCUGCACGAGGCCUACGUCACCCCACGAUACCUGGUCCUCAUCUCAGAGUCCUGCACCGGCAAGGAGCUGCUCUACAGUCUCAUAGACAGAUUCCGAUACUCUGAGGAUGACGUGGUGGGUUACAUCGUGCAGAUCCUGCAGGGUUUGGAAUACCUCCACGGCCGACGCAUCCUGCACCUGGAUAUUAAGCCAGACAACAUCAUUGUCACCUACAUGAACGUGGUGAAGAUCAUUGACUUUGGCAGCUCCCAGACCUUCAACCCCCUGUUCCUGAAGCAGCUGGGCUGCCGCACUGGGACCCUUGAGUACAUGUCUCCUGAAAUGGUAAAAGGGGAUGUGAUUGGCCCACCAGCGGAUAUCUGGGGUCUAGGUGUCCUGACGUUUGUCAUGCUGAGUGGGAGGUCUCCAUUUAGUGAAGCGGAUCCUGUGGAGAUGGAGAACAAAAUCCAAGCAGGGAAGUUUGACCUCACCAAGCUGUACCCUAACGUGUCCCAAGGUGCCUCUCAGUUUCUCAAGAAGAUCCUAUGUACCUACCCCUGGACCCGUCCGACCAUCAAAGACUGCUUCGCCAACUCCUGGUUGCAAGAUGCCUACCUGAUGAAACUGCGCCGGCAGACCCUCACCUUCACCACCACAAGACUCAAGGAGUUCCUGGUGGAGCACCAGCGCAGGAGAUCAGAGGUGGCCACCAAGCACAAAGUCCUCCUGCGUUCAUAUCAUAGUGUCCCACAGCCCGCUGCGCCCGUGACCCAGUGACAACAUCCAUGCCACGCAGGCACUAUGGGGUUCUCCAAGAGGAAUGAACGGGACUCUCCAUCUCGAUUGGCCAGGACUCUCUGACCGACGCAACCAGCCUGUCCCCUCAGGCUGGAACAGAAGUGUGUGUGUGUGUGUUUGUGUGUCCAUCUUUGGCCGAGCGAAACCAGCCACAUCGUCAGAAAACAAGCAAGAAAAGAAAAAUGGAAUUCAAACUGUACACCUCAUGAACUGUUGGGAAGGGAGUGUGCAGUGGUUAGGUGUGGGUUAUAGAUUCAUCCCUAUCUAAACCCCGUUUCAAUUUAUUUCCUGCAUUUUUCAUUGGAGUUAUAACUUCGAGUUAGCUGUACUGAUUGGUUGCCUUGUAAUAAAGGCGGUGUGAUCGAAAGCUAGGCCCCUUUAUGUACUUUUUCUUUUCUACCUUUUGAAGAGCAGAAGGCAUUUUAACACCAUGUGCUAAACCACAAACUGUGAAUUUAUAUAUUAGUAGCUUUCCAUGAGUCUGAAAUUGGGAUUCCCAAUGUAAAGAGGAGAACUAACGGAUCUGUUACUGCUUGUUUUCAUUUUAUUAGUGACAUUGCUGUUUAUUGUGUUACUAAUAGUUCAUUUGUUUUCAAGCAGUAGUAAUACAAAUUAUCGCUUGUAGUAGCUGAACUUAAAGGUGAUCACACCUUACAAUAAGUAAGUGGCAAUUCAUUUAAAUACGAGUUGGCAGUUUGUAAUGUUCAUAAGUGAAAGGCACCAUAAAUCAGUAAUUACUUUAUUGGGAUUCAAAAGGAAUUAAUAUUUUACUUUAUAUGUAAUAACAUUUGAAUUCCUGCCACUUAUUGUAAAGUGUAAUUUAGGAACGUGAAUUUAGCUCUACUAAAUCAAUGGAAACUGCCAAUAUAUUUAUUUUCAGCUCUAUUGGUUAUUUGUUAAAAACAAGUACUGAGUGGCCAGAUAGUGUGUUUUUUUUCUGUUUCUGUACAUGUAAUGGGACAACAAAAUUGUUAAUACUUAAGGUUCACAUAGUCAUAAGUCACCAUCAUGUUCUGUGUAUUCUCAUUUAGGUUUAGGGUUUGGGUUAUCUACCCUACCGUAAGAAGAGCCAAUGAAAGGAACAGGCCAAAAACCUGUUGCCAGGGCUAAAACUGAUGAUUCUUCCCAGAGUAAGAGGAUAAGAGGAUACAUAUGUAUUUGACACUAGUAAAAUCUGUGGUGAUCCAUUAUUACAACCUGACUUUGCUCAGCAGAAAUCUGGCCUCCUUUUUUGCACAGUUUACAUUAAUUAUUUAAAAUCGACAGCAUAGUUUUUAAAGCUGUGUUUACUUUUAAAGGGUACAUAAGGACCUUUUUAUUUUAUUGUAUUACAUAUUCCCAUGUGAUGCUACAACUGCUUACUUACGGUGUGUGUGUUGUUUUAAUUAUUAUUUUUUUUUUUUUUUACAUUUUGACCACUUUUUUACCUUAACUACACAUCCCUUACAUAAACAGUGGUAGCAACACAUGGGAACGUGUAACAUAAUAAAAUAAGGUCCUCUUGUACCCUUUAAGUGCUAUCACAUCUACAUGGGACUAUAUAUGGGGUACCUGUCUGCCAACAAAUUAUGAGAUUUUCAUUAUUGUAUUAUUUGUCUUAAGCAUUUCAAAUGCCCCACAUGCUAUAAAAUCAAUCGCAUUGACCAGUUCUGUUCACCAGUGACAAUAAGACAAUAAGACACUGUUUUUAACCAUCUCCUACCACUGUAUACAAUGACUGGGACUGAGGCCUGUCCUGUUAUUUCCUGGCCAGUUUCCUUCAUAUAGUUCUAUGCUAAUCCUCUUGUCCAUUUCUGUGCUGUGUCACAAUGAGACGCCACAAUGUGACGUUAGUCCUAUCAAUUGUUACCUAAUUCUAAACAAAUCUUCAUUUUUAAUGAUACAUUUCUGUAACUGUGAAUUAAUGAAAAUAAUUGAUACAAUUCAUAUUUAUAUAUGGAGAUAUGAAAUAUAUACUGACCAAGAUCCAGUGCUUGGCUGCUACCCAUAGUGAGAGAAGCAUAGAGUUUAAAGACUGAGUUUUGCUGUUUUUAUGUAAGAAAAAAAGAGGAUAUGAUUGUGUAAAUAUUUGUAAAACACAAGAAUACCAAGGAUGCCAGUUAUAGUUUAUUUGGUGUUUAUUCCAAUUUGUACAAGAUAAACACUAUUGUACAGAUACACAUAUAUUUUAAAGUCCAUCCUGUGAAAGACAGGACCCUGAAAAUCUUUAUAACUUGAAAAAAGCAAAACAUUGGACUCCCUGAAAGUGCAAAAAUGAACGUUAAAUGCAAAAGUAAUUAAAUUUGCACUCUAAAAAAAUGCUGUAGUAAUGCCAUAUUGUUUGAUUUACUAAUUUAGGUGAAAUACAUUCAUGAGGUUGCUUAGGGAGAUGUUCGAUAUACAUGAAUUACUUAAAUUAGCAUUUAAGUUAAAAAAAAAAAAGAAGAAAAAAGUAGUAACAGUAAUUUUACUAAUAUGUUUAUACUGCAGUAUCACUGAUGCGUUUUGUAAGUUAGUUAUUUGUGUUGCAACAUUUUUUUAUUUCUUUUUCAUUUUCUUAACAUUGGAUAUUUUAUAGUAAUUAUGCAUCAAGUUAAAUAACUUAAGUGUGCCAAACAUUACAUUGGGGACAAACAAGGACACGUAAUGGAAGUCUGAAUGGAUCGGGACAACGUGGAAUUGCUGGCCCGUUCCCAGAAAAUAGAACAUGGAACUAGGACCCUAAGG